CGAGGACAUCCAAAGACAUCCGAGGAGCUGAGAGAGGCUGUGGCUGAGAAGAAUCCCAUCUUGCUGAUUGACUUCUUGGCUAAGCGACGUUGCAUUGAAAAAAGAAAACUAAGAAGAUCAUGGCAAGUUCAGACUGGGGAUAUGAUGGCAAAAAUGGUCCUGAGCACUGGAGCAAGCUGUAUCCCAUUGCCAAUGGAAAUAACCAGUCUCCUAUUGACAUCAAAACCAGCGAAACCAAACGGGACACCUCUCUGAAACCUAUCAGUGUCUCCUACAAUCCAGCCACUGCCAAGGAAAUUAUCAAUGUGGGACAUUCCUUCCACGUGAAUUUUGAGGACAAUGAUAACCAAUCAGUGCUAAAAGGUGGUCCUCUCUCUGAAAGCUAUAGACUCAGUCAGUUCCAUUUUCACUGGGGCAGUACAGAUGAAUAUGGUUCUGAGCACACAGUGGAUGGAGUCAAAUAUGCUGGAGAGUUUCACAUAGUUCACUGGAAUUCUGCAAAGUACUCCAGCAUUGCUGAAGCUGUCCCCAAGGCUGAUGGUUUGGCAAUUAUCGGUGUUUUGAUGAAGGUUGGUCAGGCCAACCCAAAGCUCCAGAAAGUACUUGAGGCCCUAAAUGCAGUUAAGACCAAGGGCAAACGCGCCCCAUUUACAAAUUUUGACCCCUCCACUCUCCUUCCCCCCUCCCUGGAUUACUGGACCUAUACUGGCUCUCUGACUCAUCCUCCUCUCCAUGAAAGUGUGACCUGGAUCAUCUGUAAGGAGACCAUCAGCAUCAGUUCAGAACAGCUGGCACAGUUCCGAAGUCUUCUUUCAAAUGCUGAAGGAGAAAACCCUAUCCCCAUUCAGCACAACAACCGACCACCCCAGCCCCUGAAGGGCAGGACUGUGAGAGCUUCCUUCUGAUUAGCCCAAGAGGGAGAUCAUCCUCUCUCAAGAGCAGGUCCUACAUCUGACAUAAUCCAGUAAAAUAACAUUUUCUAGGAAACAAAUUUAUUUCAAUAUUAACAAGAUAGCAUACCUGCAAAAUUUAAUCUGCAGAACUAAAACAACUUAAUUUUAGGUCCUAAUGCCUAACUCAGAUAAAAAUCUAUAAGCCUGCAAAUAUGUAAUCGGUAAGCAUAAAUUUAUGCUUCAAUUCAACUAUAUUUUGUGGAAUUUUUUUUACAAUUGCAAUUUAGUGAUUCGUAUCUUUUUCUAGUUUUUUUCUUCAUUUUAGC